AAGCGGCGCGAUUUUCGAACGAAAGCGUCUUCGCGCUGGCAAUAAUACUCAGUACGAUCCAAAUAGGAAAACGCAUCACGAAGCACGAUUUGUAACAAAUCUUCUACGUUGUCUACGGAAAAGCAGCUUCACUCUCGAUUACUCCCAAUGCUCCCACAAACCCAAAAUCAAAUACUUUGAAAACAUCAAACUAAAUUUCCAACAUGGCUAAGACCCCAUCCAAGAAGGCUGCCCCAGCCAAGAACGCCCCUAAGAAGGCUGCCGCCAGUGGCAAGAAGAAGAAGCGUGUCGAAUCGUACUCCACCUACAUCUACAAGGUUUUGAAGCAGGUUCACCCCGACACCGGUAUCUCCAAGAAGGGAAUGUCUAUCAUGAACUCCUUCAUCAACGAUAUCUUCGAGCGCAUUGCCGGCGAAGCCGGAAAGCUUGCCACCUACAACAAGAAGGCCACCCUUUCCUCGCGAGAGAUCCAGACCGCCGUCCGCCUCAUGCUUCCCGGUGAGCUCGCCAAGCACGCCGUUUCCGAGGGAACCAAGGCCGUCACCAAGUUCAGCUCUGCCUAAAUAUUCAAUCAUCAUUGAUCAACAGUUCGAUCCAAAGAUCGAACGCUAACCAAAAAAAACAAACCGGAGAUUUUAAUCUCCACAUUUGAAAACAGACACUAUCACUACGAAACCUUCAUAUUAUUUUGUGCCAAGCCACUAUUGAGUUUCUGAACAGACUAUUAACGGCAUGGGUAUGAGACAUCACAAGGCAGUGAUCCUCAUUAUUGAGGCGUCACCCGACGAGCCCCAAUGCUUGACGGAAGCAUAGAAGUACUCUCACGUAGAUAGUACGAAUACGAACGCGAGAUUUCUGUUGUUGCCAUAGCCACGUUUGACCAGCGCGAAUACGAGUGACCGAUUUUCAGAUAACACUAUUUUUUUCCCGCCUGUCCUCGUCAGUAUGAUGUAACAAUCGAUAGAAAGUUACUAAUUUAUUCCUACGUCACUGUACAACCUAGAAGGCAUAAGAUGAUAGUCAAUUUUUAAACCU